UGCUGCUGUCUUGUGUGAACCACUUCUGCUCCUAAUAACUUGAUAUUUCAUAUUAAAAUAAUAAACAUUUGCAUGGGACCAGAGUGAGCGCAGCUCCUCCCAUCCAGCUAUAAGAGUCCAGCUGACCUGCGGCUCCGUCCACCCUGCAGCAGGCCAGCUCCAGCUGCCUCAUGAAGGCUCGGGCAGCUUCCUCACAAGCUUUGGUUCGAGGACCUCAGACCCACAUGGAAAUGUAGACGCAUCUCGCCGGCCUGGUUUGUCUUCCGGAGCGACUCUGAAGCGGAUUAAGGAGGCACUGGUAACUUUUCACCAUGACUUUCGCCAUGCUGCGGCCCGUGGCGACGCACUUGAUCUACUCGGACUUCACCGUCACCAACUCCGAGGACGACGAGAACCGCAGCGAGAGCGACGGCAGCUCGGAGCAGAGCUACUGCGGCUCCACGGAGAAACGGAGGCGGAUCUCCCGCAAGCUGGAGGGCGACUCCGCGGUGGUGAUGAAGCAGCGGAGCGCGGCCAACGCCAGGGAGAGGGGCCGGACCCAGAGCGUCAACACGGCGUUCACGGCCCUCCGGACUCUCAUUCCGACCGAGCCGGUGGACAGGAAGCUCUCCAAGAUCGAAACGCUCCGACUGGCGUCCAGCUACAUCUCCCACCUGGCCAACGUGCUUCUGAUCGGGGACGCGGGCGCGGAGGGACAGCCGUGCCUCGGAGCGGUCCAUGCGCAGGGCGAGGGCGCGGGGAAGCAGCCGCGCACCAUCUGCACCUUCUGCUUGAGCAACCAGAGGAAAGGGAUUAAAGAUGGGAAAGACUGUUUGAAAAUGCGAGGACUCGGUCCGCUGCGAGUGAGGCGCUGACCGGACGCCGUCGGUGGAUCGUUUGCAACCUGAAAACCCUCAAGACUUUCUCAGGGAAAGAGCUGAAGCUGGUGCAACAAAGAGCGCUCGCUCUCACGUACCUGUACACACAUGCUGGAUCAAAAGGUGGCACCAAAGAAGAGACUAUUUAUACUUGACUGAGGCAUCCGAGACUGUAAGACGUUCAAACGUGCAGUGCAUUUGUUUGAAACUCAAUGGUCUUGUCUUUUUCUUUUUUUAUUUGGAAGAUGUUUUAAAUAAAAUAUAUUUUA